UGGCCCUACCGGCUGCCCGUCACGGCUGCCACUGCAGAGGCCGGGACGCCCGCCCCCGGAGCCGUAGGCCGGCUGGGGGCAAACUAGUUUGAGCUGCCCGGAGCCUGCGGCCGGCGCGGGCCGGGGCAGCCGGAGCGGGCGCGCCGGCAGAGGGCGCCCUCGAGGCCGCGCCGCCGGCCGCCUCCAUCUCGUUGCGGCCUUCAGAGGACCAGCCGUCUGCAGCCUUGAGGAGCGAGGCCUGCCUGAGAUGAGUAAGCUGAGGCCCCAGGAAGUUGUGCCGCUGGGUUAGGGUGCCACGGCGGCUCCGAAGCCGACCUCGGCGCAGAAGCCUGGCUCCUGGCUGCCUGAGGAUCGCCCUCCCGAAGGAAGAGGUUUGCUCUUGAACUCUUCACUAAAAUGGAGUCAAGUAAAAAGGUGGACUCCCCUUGCGCCAUGCAGGCCAACCCCCCGCUAAAGCAUCACCCUGACCGCGGCCCUGGGACGGCUGUGUUUGUGCCCGAGCAAGGAGGCUACAAGGAGAAGUUUGUGAAGCCUGUGGAAGACAAAUACAAGUGUGAGAAGUGCCGCCAGGUGCUGUGCAACCCGAAGCAGACUGAGUGUGGGCACCGGUUCUGUGAGAGCUGCAUGGCUAACGUGCUGAGCUCUCCAAGUCCAAAAUGCACCGCGUGUCAAGAAAGCAUCGCCAAGGACAAGGUGUUUAAAGACAAUUGCUGCAAGAGAGAGAUUCUGGCCCUUCAGAUCUGUUGUCGAAAUGAAAGCAGAGGCUGUGCAGAGCAGCUAACACUGGGGCACCUGCUGGUACAUUUAAAGAAUGUCUGUCAGUUUGAGGAGCUUCCCUGUGUUCGCCCCGAUUGCAAAGAGAAGGUGUUGCGAAAGGAUCUGCGCGACCACGUGGAGAAGACCUGCAAAUACCGCGAGGCCACGUGCGGCCACUGCAAAAGCCAGGUCCCCAUGGUCACCCUGCAGAAACAUGAAGACACCGAGUGUCCCUGCGUGGUGGUGUCUUGCCCUCACAAGUGUGGCGUGCAGACCCUGUUGAGGAGCGAGUUGAGUGCACACUUGUCAGAGUGUGUCAAUGCCCCCAGCACCUGUAGCUUUAAGCGCUAUGGCUGCGUUUUUCAGGGGACGAACCAGCAGAUCAAGGCCCACGAGGCCAGCUCGGCGGUGCAGCAUGUCAACCUGCUCAAGGAGUGGAGCAGCUCCCUGGAGAAGAAGGUCUCCUUGCUGCAGAAUGAGAGUGUGGAGAAGAACAAGAGCAUCCAGAGCCUGCACAACCAGAUCUGCAGCUUCGAAAUCGAGAUUGAAAGACAGAAGGAGAUGCUUCGGAACAACGAGUCCAAAAUACUCCAUUUGCAGCGAGUAAUAGACAGCCAAGCGGAGAAGCUGAAGGAGCUGGACAAGGAGAUCCGCCCCUUCCGGCAGAACUGGGAGGAAGCAGACAGCAUGAAGAGCAGCGUGGAGUCGCUCCAGAACCGCGUGAGCGAGCUGGAAAGCGUGGACAAGUGUGCCGGGCAGGCAGCUCGCAACACAGGCCUGCUGGAAUCCCAGCUGAGCCGGCAUGACCAGAUGUUGAGCGUUCACGACAUCCGCCUGGCGGACAUGGACCUGCGCUUCCAGGUCCUGGAGACCGCCAGCUACAACGGCGUGCUGAUCUGGAAGAUCCGGGAUUACAAGCGGCGGAAGCAGGAGGCCGUGAUGGGGAAGACCUUGUCCCUUUACAGCCAGCCUUUCUACACGGGCUACUUUGGCUACAAGAUGUGUGCCAGGGUCUACCUGAAUGGGGACGGCAUGGGCAAGGGGACGCACCUGUCCCUGUUCUUUGUCAUCAUGCGUGGAGAGUAUGAUGCCCUGCUGCCUUGGCCGUUCAAGCAGAAAGUGACGCUCAUGUUGAUGGAUCAGGGGUCUUCCCGGCGUCAUCUGGGAGACGCCUUCAAGCCAGACCCCAACAGCAGCAGCUUCAAGAAGCCCACCGGCGAGAUGAACAUCGCCUCCGGCUGCCCCGUCUUCGUGGCCCAGACGGUCCUGGAAAACGGAACGUAUAUUAAAGAUGAUACAAUCUUUAUUAAAGUCAUAGUGGAUACUUCAGAUCUGCCCGACCCCUGACGGGUUGCUGGGAGGUGGAGUUGGCAGAAGGUAACUCCUCUGGGGGGGUGAGCCAGUCUGUCUUCACUGAGGUCCUCGCGCUCAGAACGGGACCUUGCGGAGGACGAGAGGCGGCGGCGGCGGGCAGGCGUGCGGCCGGCGGGAGGAGCCACUGCGAGACCACCCGGACGCGUUUCCUACGGACUAGCAACAUUCACUCUGAGGAAGUAUUUAUCCUUUGCCAAGAUAAAUCUUGCUGUCAGAGAAGAGUUUCAUUUUCAUUUUAAAGAUCUAGUUAACUAAGGUGGAAAACAUAUAUGCUAAACAAACACGUGGUUUUUUUCCUUCCUUAAACUUGCACACCGAAAACAUACAGACACACACACGUGGGGACAGCUGGACACCUCAGCAUGUUAAAUGAAAGGAAAGUUUAUGAAAUAAUAAUGCAAUUCUGAUAUAUUCGUUCUAAAAUUCAAGAGCUCAAUCUUGUUUCAAAUAUAGUAUAUAUUGUCUAUUUUUAAGGCCUCAUCUGGUCUCUGUUUUAAUAAUUUGUUUGUCAGAAGACCCUGAAGUACACCUUCAUCUUUUUUGGAAAUCUCUAAAUUCAGAAUCAUUUUUUUAUUUAAAGUUCUACAAAUAAUUGUUACUGCAAACAUUUUAUUUUAAAAACGUUGAUAGACUGAUAUUUCUUGGAAGAAAAUGUAAAAUAUCAGACACUGGUUAUCACUUGUGAUAGGAAAGAGGAUUCUCAACCUGCUGUUAUUUCUCGUGAGAAAUGUACCUUCCAACCCUG